AUGGGUGAAUGUAAAUCAACCACAAGACCUACAUCUGUUGUGAUGGCAUUACUGUUUUUGAUCAUAGAUCCUUGCGAAAUUGGUGAAGCCGUUCAAAUGCUUGGUGUUAAGGUGCCUUCGUACAUAUUUAUGGGAGACUCUGUACAAUUAUUUUGUGAUUAUGAUAUGCAAAUGGACAAAUUGUACUCAGUUACUUGGUACAAGGACAAUGAAGAGUUCUAUCGGUACGUUCCAACAUCUUCAAAUCUCAAACACAGUUUCAGUAUGGAUGGAAUCACAGUUGAUCAUAUUUACUCGGACAGCAAAAAAGUCACCUUACGCUACGCUAAUUUGUUGAUGAAUGGCGAAUACAAGUGUGAAGUAUCUGCUGAAGCACCGUUCUUUACAACUGUGCACGCUGAAUCCAAAAUGGCCAUAAUAAGUUUACCAAAACAAAAAGAUGUUACCAAAAUCAAUGGAGGCUCAGGAAUUUAUCAAACUAGUGACACUAUUUAUUUAAAUUGUACAUCGGGAGAAUCAUUUCCCGCUGCAAGACUCCGAUGGUUUAUUAAUGACAAAAUGGUGAUUUCCAAUUACGACCGCUCGGAAAAAUUACACAACGGUUUGUACAUCAGCAUAUCCAAAUUAAAUUUAGCAAUAUCUCCUGAUCACUUCAACAAUGGCUUAAUGAAAGUUACAUGUCAAGCCAUCAUCAAUAUAGGUCGUCCAAAGGCAUUACCACCUCCUAAGGAAUACAAACGUGAAGCAAUACUCUUGGUACGUGGAUCAGCAGUAGCGAUGUGCAUAACAUUCAACUUUAAAUUAACAUUAAUAACAUUAACAUCAACAUUGUUUUUACUAAAUACUUCGUGA